AUGCAGUCGAUACAGAAACAAAAUACAUCCAGGAAGACUUCAAUAGGCUUAUUGGACACACAUAUCCUCUAUCACGACAAGGCCACUGGGCCCGAUGACAUGCCUGCAGAGCUCAGGAAAAUAUUGGGACGGAAAAACCUUUCUCACGCACCUCUUCAACAAAACUAUCACAGAUGGGAUGCCAGUGACAUGGCAGACAGCUUUCUAGUGCCAUUUAAUAAAAAUAAGGGAGACAUAAGAUUAUGUGGAAACUAUAGAGCCAUCAAAAUAAUAUCCCACACUCUUAAAAUCUGGGAACGAGUAAUUAGCAGAUGGCUCCACUUAAUGACCAAAGUGACUGAAAAACAAGAUCUACAUAAUAUUAUGGUCUUCAUAGAUUUGGAAAAGGCCUUCGACCGCAUCCCCAGAGAUUACAUUUGGCAGUCCCUGCGAGCUCAGAAUGUGCCAGAAUGGCUCGUCCAACUGCCCAUUACUCUUCAACUUAGUGAUGAACCAUAUAACAGCUACAGACCUACCGAAAAAGCCCCCGUGGAACAUCUUGUACAUGACAUAGCUCUUAUUAGUGAAGAUGUGAAGGAGCUACAGACUACACUAGUACAAUGGCACAGUGAUUUGGGAAAUGCUGGCCUGAGAGCUCAGCAUAAACCUCCAGAGCACCCCACUCAAGAGAGUAGAGUUCUAAUAUCUUGGCUCUAUCCUGACGAGCGACGGCACCAUAGAGCUUGA